AUGUGGGACCCACUCGAUGCUUUUCUUGUUCUUCGCCAGCUGGCAUUUCUUGAUGCUCUUCUUCAACGACUCGGGGAGGGACUUUUCGAUUGUCUCAAGAACACCUGCUUGGCAGAGUCCCGAGUCUUUGGCGAACGAGUCCACAAUUUUCGGGAGAAGGAUUUUAUUGUCCUUUCGUACCCCAAAUGUGGCUCGGAUAUAAUCCUCUUUGGCUGCCUCCAACUCUUGAUAAAUUCUCUUGGGCGUGAAAACACGAACCUGAUCAGAGUGCGACCCGCACGAGAGGGCAAAGUAGAGAAGUGGCUCGAGUCGUUCAAUCCCAUAUGCUUGUCGCUCGUCAGCGGAUUUAAAUUUUGA